AGUCGUCAGUCAAAUCAUGUUUGUCAUUUGACAAUUUCCUAGAAAUUGAGAGCCCAUCAAUGAAUUCUUCUUCAUUACUCCCUGCACCAAUAAUAAAAAGCCAAUAUUUUUUCAUCUUACAUAGAAAAGCAUCAAGACCCUUUCUCUUUACAUCAUCACCCCUCAAACCCAAGCUUCAUGGCCAACUAUGGAACUGUCCAAAGGCCAUCCACAACCUCAGCUCCUCCUCUCAUAGGUGAGCCUUAUGAUCCAAAAAACUCCACAAGAAAGAACUUAUCUGUAUCUGACCUCAAACACCUUUGGCCUUUCAAUAUCCCCACAACCACAGAAGCUGCAACCAUUAGAAUCAUCAGAAACCUGGGUGACUUUGGAUUGUUCUAUGCUCUUUUCAUAUGGAUUGGCCUCUUCAUAUCCCUUAUCCCAGAAAGAAAAGUCUCCUUGAUUUACUUGGUGAUUAUGACCUAUAUAACAGCUGUGUACCUUCUGGUGUUAAGGGCACUGCCCAAGUCUGUUGACCUCGAUAGGUUCAUCGACAAAAGAGUAGUCCUUUUCAUUCUAGCCAUAGUGACUAUGGUUGAGCUCAUCCUAACAAAGGCUGCUGUGCAUCUUUUUGCAACUUUGGGUAUUGGUGUUCCAAUAAUUUUGGUUCAUGCAGUUUUAACAAUCCGAAAUGAACUUUCUGCGGAUGGUGAGGCUUCUGAUGCUGUGGAAGUAGUUCCUCUUAGAAACUCCAAUGAAGCAGAGUCAGUUGAUAUAGUUUGAUUAUUUUUUAAGAUUUUGGUAACCAGUGUGGAAUUAAAUGUUUAAGUGUGGAAUUAAAUGUUAAAUUUUUAAUAAAAUUUCACCAGAUCUGUGUACUGGUUUAUUCUAAA